GAGAGAGAGAGAGAGAGAGAGCGCGCUUCCACUUGCUACUGACUGCUUCCACCACCUCCUCCUCCGAUGGCGACUAAGUCGGACGAGGGCAUGGUCGCCGUCGCGAGGAGAGUCGCUGCGGUCGCCAACCACCUGUCCCCUCCCGAUCCCGCCCCGGAGGGUUCGCCGUCCUCUGUCUCCGGUCGGCCCUGUGGCGGCGCCUCCAUGAACGACGCCUAUCAUCGCAUUCACGGCGAAGUCCCCGGCCAUCCAGUCGCGUGGAGGGCCGCGGACGAUGGGUCGGGCCAGGAGUUCACAGACGUCAUCUACGAGAAAGCUGUCGGCGAAGGCAUCGCCAAGAUUACGAUUAAUAGGCCGGAGAGAAGAAAUGCGUUCAGACCGAAGACGGUCAAGGAGCUGAGCCGCGCAUUUAGCGAUGCGAGAGACGAUGUUUCGAUUGGGGUCAUCAUUCUCACUGGAAAGGGAACCAAGGCAUUCUGCAGCGGUGGUGACCAGUCUUUGAGGACGAAGGAUGGUUAUGCUGAUCCCGACGAUGUCGGCAGGCUAAAUGUCCUGGAUUUGCAGGUCCAAAUUAGGCGUCUCCCCAAGCCAGUAAUAGCAAUGGUUGCUGGCUAUGCUGUUGGAGGAGGACAUGUUCUGCAUAUGGUCUGUGAUCUCACAAUUGCUGCUGAUAAUGCUAUUUUUGGUCAAACCGGUCCUAAGGUUGGAAGCUUUGAUGCUGGUUAUGGAAGUUCGAUCAUGUCUCGAUUGGUUGGCCCUAAAAAGGCACGUGAAAUGUGGUUCUUGGCAAGGUUCUAUACAGCUUCUGAAGCAGAGAAGAUGGGACUCAUUAAUGUUGUUGUGCCGCUAGAGAAUUUGGAGCAGGAAACAAUCAAGUGGUGCAGAGAGAUACUGAGAAAUAGCCCGACGGCAAUCAGGGUGCUCAAAUCAGCCCUUAAUGCAGUCGAUGAUGGCCACGCAGGGCUUCAGGAACUGGGUGGAGAUGCAACACUUCUGUUCUAUGGAACCGAAGAAGGCAACGAGGGAAAAACAGCGUACAUGCAGCAGAGGCGGCCGGAUUUCUCUAAAUUCCCUCGACUGCCAUGAAAACCGUAAUUUCUGUACUUGUUAUUUUUUGGCCGAGUGUGUACGAAUAGGUCCCGAUGUACGACCGUAUUAUCCAAUAUUUGCUUAUGAAUAUCAUUCUUCUCAUGCCGCACACAGGUUCAUUCAGUAGCUGUAA